AUGGAGACAAUGCAGCGCUACGUUUCGCCCAUCAACCCAGCGGUCUUUCCACACCUAGCCACAGUGCUUCUCAUUAUUGGUACAUUUUUCACAGCCUGGUUCUUUGUUUUUGUUGUCUCGCGCAAGAGCACAAAAGAGAACACAUUAAUUAAGGAGCUCCUAAUCAGCCUGUGCGCGUCGAUAUUUCUCGGAUUUGGCAUUUUGUUUCUUUUACUAACCGUUGGCAUAUAUGUAUGAGAAACAAAUCAAUUGUUAGCAUUCCGAUUUUAAGAUAAAUAUAUACUUACAUAUGUA